CUCUCUCUCUCUCUCUCUCUCUAUAUAUAUAUAGAGAGAGAGAGAGAGAGAUAGAUAUAUAUCUAUGACAUAUAUAUAGACGGAGACAAAAAUUGCUUUCUAUUUGUUUCUUUCUUGCUUCUGGUUUGAGGCUCCUUCGAAACUUUCUUUCAAAAUCUGGCCGGGUUUCUUGCUGCUUCUCCCUGUUCGUGGUUUCGUCGAUCUUGAUCGUCGAACCACGUCGCGGAGAAUGAAAAAGAUCAAAAUGAUUAGCGGCUUGUUCAAGCCCAAAUUCUACUCGAAAUGCAAGUCGGCGACCGGGCUCACGAAGACUAGAGUGGAGAUGAUAAAGAGGAGGAGAAAUGCAAUGGAGAAGUACUUGAAGAAUGAUAUUAGGGAUCUUCUCAGAGGUGGUUUCGACGUCGUUGCAUAUGGCAGGGCUGAAGGGUUUCUGCUUGAUCAGAAUUUGUCAGCCUGUUAUGAUUUCGUCGACCUGUUCUGCGAUUGUAUCUUAAAUCAUCUUUCUGUGAUGAGCAAACAGAGAGAGUGCCCGGAGGAAUGCAAGGAAGCUGUACCGUCUUUGGUGUUUGCAGCUGCAAGAUUUGCUGAUUUGCCAGAAUUACGCGACCUUAGAAGUUUAUUCGCUGAAAGAUACGGGCAUUCCCUCGAAGCCCAUGUCAAUCAAGAGUUUGUUGAGAAGUUGAAGGCAUUGCCUCCGACAAAGGACGUGAAGCUUCAAUUACUGCAAGAUGUUGCUGUAGAGUCUGAUCUACAAUGGGAUUCCAAGACUUUGGAACAGAAGCUGUAUAAUGCACCUCCAUCUGGACAAAAUGCCGAUAACUCUGAUGGUGACAAUAAACAGCGCAUCUCAUGGGAUGCUGGUCCAAGAAGGGACAAACAAGAUUUUCCAUAUCUUCAAAAGGAAGAAGUCAGCAAUAUUGUAAAUGAUGCUCUUCCUGGAGAAGAUAGUCAGUUCCAUUUGCCUCGUGGAAAACGGGAAAAAGCUCCAAGCAGAGAUGUUGGGUGGGGAAAUACUGACCAAAUUGACCCACAAAAUAAUUUGAAAUCAGAAGGAAAUGUUUCUGAGGAAAAAUUAGCUGGUGAAAAUAGAACCUCCAAGUAUAGAUUUAUUCCCCCUCCUUACACCAAACCAAAAGCUGGAGAAACAAAGACCCUUUUAGAGGAUGAUUAUCAGUCUGAGUCUGAGGAUGAUUUAGAUGGUGAAGCUAAUGUAAAAGCAAGCUCAUCAGUUCCAACGAGGCAGUCGAAGCUUCCUCCAGGCCAAAAAAGUACCAUUGGCAGUGAUCAAAGUGAUGGAGAGGGGAAGCUGAAUUCAAGUGGCACUAAAGCCAUGAAUGGAGGUGGCGAUGAUCAACAGGAUGAGGGGAAAAGAGAGAUGGACGGUCUGCGGACAGCCUUAAAAGAGUGGUCUUUUAAGGCUGGGAAAUCAGAAUCAGAUCUCAAGCAGCCCGCUGUCGAUGGAGAAAACAGUAGAGAACACAGAAGAAGAAGCAGAAGCAGAGCAUCAUCUCUUCAACUGGAACCAGUUACACCAGUUGAGACAACGAGGGGCCAUGUCCGAUCACAGUCCUACCAACCCGGAACCGGCCAUGUUCAUCCUAAACUGCCAGACUACGAUGAUUUCAUUGCGAAGCUCUCAGCUCUUCGAGGGAAGAAGUAAAAGACAGUAGUAGGAGGUCCACACUAGAACGUUAAAAACUUGUAUCUAUUAAAUUCCUUCAUAUAUUCUUUACACAAUUAUGUAAACAAGUUAUAUGUUUUACAAAGGCAUGUAUGUACAUAAGGAUUAGAUUAGGAUCAAAAAAGGGAUUGUAAAAUUUGCAACUCUGCAUCACUACCACUACUCUGUUAUACAUGUCGUACAUGUAAUUGUAGAUAUAAUCUAGAUUUCUUUGUUCCAACUCUAAUAUGGAUUUAGAGGUCAAGCGUUGAUCCUUUUGUAUUGGGAUGUUGUAAGUUUGACUUCUAGAAAUAUCCCUCCUUCAGUCUUUACUAAAAUAAAAAAUAAGAAAAAAAAAUCUUGGGGGAUGUUGUUCUAACCUCCAAUCUAGAUAUAUAUAGGAUCAUGCUAAAAGUACUCCAUGAAUUACAUAAUAUAUCA